AGAGAGAGGGGGGGGGGGGUGGAGGGCAGAAAAAAAGACUACGCCUGCUCCUGGUCACAACAGAAUACAUGUAAGAUCUGUUUAUGAGCACAUGCAGCCAACAAGCUCUCUUCUCAUCUGGGUGAAGUGUCUAUCUGUGAAGUAACGGAGCAGAAUGUCACGACGGGACCAGAGGUUUCGGAGGGGAAUGAAAGGACGAUCUUCUUGUUCCAAAAGGAAACCCAGCAGGACAACAGACAAAACAGGGAGGAAACCAUGGUGUUGUGAGUGUAGCUGCAUCCUGUCCCACUGGUACUAUGAAAAAGAGGGGCAGCUUUACUGUAAGAAGCACUACUGGGCCCGUUAUGGAGAGCACUGCCACGGCUGCAAGGAGAGCAUUACAAGUGGACUCAUUAUGGUUGCUGGAGAGCAGAAGUACCACCCUGAAUGCUUCACUUGUGUGAGCUGUGAAAUGUUCAUCGGUGAAGGAGACACCUACACACUUCUGGAACGCACUAAACUUUAUUGUGGUCACUGUUUCAGUCAGGGGGUAGUACCAACUACAAGGUCAGCUUCUCCACUCAGCAAGAGUCCCCAUAGGGUCGCACUGGUGUCUUUCCCUCCCCAUGAAGGUGGCCGAGGAGGCUUGGCUUUAGCCACUGACCUCAGCCAAGAGAAGGGUCUUCUUGUCACUGUGACAGGGUUAGACGCAGCUGUGCUCAGCCCUGACCUGCUAUCCUCUAUCCACACUGGCGACCGAGUAUUAGAGGUCAACGGUAUGCCUGUCAGCAGCAUUUCAAGAGAAGAAAUGAACUAUGUUAUUCAGGACACAAGCAGACCGCUGCAGCUAACCAUUGAACACAACCCACAUUCAACUGACAGCCUACUUCCCUCAAACAAUGCCAAGGAAGAUGUCAGCUGUCUUGAUCCCUGUGUCCACAACAAACUUAAUUCAGCCCACAAACUUCCGAGUCUCGAGGAAGAACCAAGUCAAGAAGGGGAGCCAGAUGAACCAAGCCACAUGAGCCUCUCCCUGCCUCAGCAACAAGGGCCAAGGGGAAUACGAUCCAGACAUAUUCAGCGCAGCUGUAGUAUAGACAAAUUUCCAUUGUCCCCUGGAGCACUGUCACUUUUAUCCAAUAGAAGGGACAUGGUUCGCUCAGAGUCUCUACGCGUAGACCCUGGAGAUCGGACCCAUCGCAUCUUCAGACCUUCAGACCUCAUCCAUGGAGAAGUACUAGGCAAGGGCUUCUUUGGACAGGCUGUCAAGGUAACGCAUCAGGAGACAGGGGAGGUGAUGGUGAUGAAAGAGUUAAUACGGUUUGAUGAAGAGACACACAAGACUUUCUUAAAGGAGGUGAAGGUGAUGCGCUGCCUAGACCAUCCAAACGUUCUCAAGUUCAUUGGAUUGUUUUAUAAAGAUAAACGAAUCAACUUUGUCUCUGAAUACAUCAAGGGAGGAACUCUCAGAGAAACCAUCAUUAAAAUGGAUCAGGAGUUUCCCUGGGGAACUAGAGUGGGUUAUGCCAAAGACAUUGCAGCUGGAAUGGCCUAUCUACACUCCAUGAAUGUUAUCCAUCGAGAUCUUAACUCACACAACUGCCUGGUCAGAGAGAACCAGACUGUGGUUGUGGCAGAUUUUGGACUAGCCAGGCUGGUGAUGGAGGAGAGAAAUCAGAGCCAAAUAUCCUCUCUGGAAAGGCCUGGGAAGGGGACACUGACAGAGCUCCGCAGGCCUGAUCGGAGAAAACGGUACACUGUGGUUGGAAACCCCUACUGGAUGGCCCCUGAGAUGAUCAAUGGGAAAAGUUAUGAUGAACGAGUGGACAUCUUUUCUUUUGGUAUAAUGAUAUGUGAGAUAAUAGGUAGAGUGAGUGCAGACCCAGAUGACCUUCCCCGGUCAAAUGACUUUGGCCUAAAUGUAGCAGGUUUCCUACAGCAGUACCACCCUCCACAGUGCCCAUCAUCUUUCCUGCCGCUGGCCGUCCUCUGCUGUGACAUCGAUGCUGAUAAACGUCCGUCAUUUUCAAAGCUGGAGGAAGGGCUUGGGAACCUUCUGAUGCACCUAGACAUCGGUCUACCUCUGCUAUCUGAAUUUGAGCAACUCCGCAGAGUCUUCUGGAACAAACAAAACCAGCAAAAGCACUUACACAACCAGGAUAUGACUCUUGACUCUUGUGAGAAAACCUACUGUUCCAGGACACAAACAAAGAGUUCAGACACCAAGGGCUGUUCAGAAAAUGCAAAUAAUCACAAAGAGUUUAACAACCAAGCUCAGAGUGAAAAAAGUAGCACAUUUGAAAACCAUAUGGACAAAGAGCAUCACACUCAGGACAACAAUGACAAAAGAACUGAGAACAACCAAUUUUGUUUAGGCAAGGAAUGUGAAGACAAGUCACAAGACAAGACUCUGUUUUGCAAAUCUUCAAGGAUAGACUCGAACAAAAAUGGGUUGGAAACGUGUGAACACAAUCACCCCUUGGAACAACCAAAUGCCAAGCAUGAGCCCUCAAGACCGCAGAAGGUCAACAACGUGCUGCUGGAUCAGUCUAACAGGCCCAGGAGAAGAUGCAGAGUUCUGUGGGACAGCUCUGCAGAGGACAGCUCUUUUCUCUGAUCACUAAAUGUGAUGGAAAAGACAGGAAACAGUUUUGAGGGAAAAAAUACUUUUUUGAAGACAUUUCACGUUUCACACUGGAAGAUCCUGUUAAGAGUAAUUUUGCUGAAGACUACUGCAUCUUUAGUAAAUAUUUCAUGCACCACUAUGACAACUGCCUUGCACAUUUAAUAUGCCUCAUAUUGCUCUGUUAACAAGUAUUUAUGUGGUUUCAACUAUGGGUGUACUAGAGCUCAACUUAUGCUGGAUUUAGUAAAUGGCCAUACAAACAUUUUAUUAUUCAAAAUUAGAGACAUAUUGGCCGGUAUGUAAUUUUGAUAAGGAUUUCUAACAUUUACCUAAAAAUGUUCUUUUUUUUGUGGAUAAAAUGUGAUGGUAUUCAUAUAUCUCAAUAAGCUGAAACAAAUCCUUAGCAUUCUGAAAUCUACUUUAAUUUCUCUUUUAUUAUCAGACAACAUGUAUGAUGAUUUAAAGUAUGAUAAGGCAAAACUUGACUGCAAUUUUUUCAGUUAGGCUCUAGUGUCACCUCUGUUAAAAAAGCUGUGAAACAUAUGGCACUUUAUACUUUAAGCUGCGAUGCAAGGGUCCGUUAUUUAUCAGGAUGUCUUUUCUGUUAUAUUUUUUGCAGACCAUGAACAACACACUGCAUUGUGAACAGUUCAUGUAAGAGCUAUAGGCUAACUGUAGUGGAUUAAAUAAAAAUAAAGAGACAGAAAGUAA